GCCUCUCGUCACGUGACGCAAGCGCCGCUGCCGCGCCCUUUGAUGACGUCACCCGAGUUACCCCGAGCGACCAGCGGCCCAAGACGCGCGGUGAUGAGCAACGGCAAUAAUCCUCGGGCUUUGCCACCUCUCCCCGUAAAAGAGGGUGAAGGUGAUAUUCCACUGACAUCUGUAAGAAAGAAGAAAAAGAAAAAUGUCAACACAAAGUCAGAAAGAUUUACUGAAAAGACUGGAUCCAACAGUGAAAAGGAAUCGGAAAUCCCAGCUUCAGUGGUCCAGAAGAAAAAGAAAAAGCAAGCACAUGUCACAGGCAAUGGUGAGACAUUCUCUUAUUCUAUGGAACAAAAUACCCCAGGUCUGCCCGAAGAUGAGAAGGUUACUCGAAAACCCAAAAAGAGAACCAAGAAAAAUCAGCAGAGAGAUCAGGUGCAUUACGAAAGUGAUCUGCCAGUGGAAGAGGAGGAUGUGGUGACUCGUGAUGCCGUGGUGUUGGGACCAAGCGAGGCUCCCCUCUUCGUGUUGCCCACGAGCACCAGCCAGCCAUUCAGCAAGGUCUUUGUUGAGAGGAAAAGCGGGUUUCAGGCUGCGGAACGACAGCAGCUGGGAGUCCGGCAGGCUGCAUUGAGUCCCACGAAUGAAUUCCUCACUUCGAGGCCUCUACCUUCCCCCCGGGACGUCGCUCUGCGGGUGCAGAAGGGAUUCAGGGUGGUGUCAUUGUUUGCCCACGGAGUGCUGGCGGGGUUUGCUCUGUGGAACACGGUGCUGGUCUAUGUCCUGUGGCAGAAAAACUCACUGCCAGGGCAGUAUGAGCCACUGGCCAUUCCUGCCCAGGAGCUCGCGUAUCUCCUACUCGUUCUAAGCACCAUCUCUGCAUUUGAUAGAGUUGACCUCGCAAGACCCCAAGUUUUUCUUCGAGGCUUGAUAACGCUGGACUCAGCGGCAUGGGCUUCUGUUGUGUAUUUCAGUGCGCUGGUGUUGUCUUUGAGCAUGACUAAGUCCAGUCACAAGCUUGCGUCUCAAUCCGAUUGGAGCUUUCAGGAUGAGUCUCCGUGGAUCAUUUUGAACAUGAUCGUUAGCGUAAUGGUUGUCUUUGGAUGGCUAAUCCUAUCCCUCUCUCCAACAAGCGAUCACAGCACAGAGAACAUGUUUGGAAUGGAACUGGGCUUGGAAGACUCUACCCAUCGGCAUCCCACAGGGGAGGCGUGAGCAGACCUGGAGGAGCGCGGCAGAUUUUAAGGAAUUUGCGUAAUUGAAAAAUCACAUUAAGUGAAACGUUUAAGAUAUAACAUUGGUUGAUAAAUGUUUUCUAGUAAGGCAGUAAAUCUUCUCCUGCCUUGUGCCAAUACAAUACAUUUAUAACGAUUUUAAAAUAUCCUUGUUUUUUUCAUUGUGUGAUGAAAGCAAUCGCAACCGUCCAUGUGAUCCAGUAAACUUUGUUGUUGCUUUUAUA